AUGCUUCAGGAAGGAGCCCAUGGGAAGUGGACGGUAUCUAGCAGCGAUGAGAGCACCGAAGAAGUUUCUGAUAAUGAGAAGCCGUCUACCUCCUCGCUGUCACAUGCUGCCCAAGGCAGGGCCAGCGCGCCGCAGUAUCCCUGCUCCGAGGCCAGGAAAGCUGCUCACAAGAGGAAGGCCUCUCCCCUGAAGUUCAUCGAUAAAGGUUUUCCCACAGAAAGGCAGCCAGUAGAGAAGCAGAGACAUGGCCAAGAAGGCUCCGGUUGGUGUCUUUCUAGCAGUGAUGAAGAGCCUGAAGACAAGGAAAAGCAGGUGCACAAAGUAACAGUGAAAGAAGAGAAGAACAAUUCACCCGAAGAGCAUCCUCCAGAUUUUCACCAAAAAAAUGAGCUCCUAGGGAAUCAGAAGGCUGAGGAGUGGUGUGGAGCUCCCAGUGAAGCCCAAGAUACCUGGGAUUUGCUGAAUGGAGGGAACCCGUUCAGAUUCUUUCUCACUAAAGUCAGGGGAAUUGAACAGAGCUAUAAUUCUGGAGCCCUCCACAUAAAAGAUAUUUUGUCUCCUCUUUUUGGGACUCUUCUGUCUUCUGCACAGUUUAAUUACUGUAUAGAUGUGGAAUGGCUUGUAAAACAGUAUCCACAGGAAUUCAGGAAGAAGCCGUUAUUGAUAGUUCAUGGUGAAAAGAGAGAAUCCAAGGCUGAACUGCUUGCACAAGCACGUCCUUAUGAGAACAUUAGCUUUUGUCAGGCUAAGCUGGAUAUUGCUUUUGGAACUCAUCAUACGAAAAUGAUGUUACUGUUAUAUGAAGAAGGUCUUCGAGUUGUGAUACAUACAUCUAAUCUGAUUUCUGAAGAUUGGCACCAGAAAACUCAGGGAAUAUGGAUAAGUCCUUUAUAUCCAAGGCUACCUCAGGGAGCAACUGAUUCUGCUGGUGAAUCUGAAACCAAUUUUAAAUCUGACCUGAUAAGCUACUUGGCAGCUUACAAUUCUCCAGCACUCAAGGAAUGGAUAGAUAAUAUUCAAGAACAUGAUUUAUCAGAGACAAGGGUGUAUCUGCUUGGUUCUACCCCUGGACGAUAUCAAGGUAUUGAUAAAGAAAAAUGGGGUCAUCUUAGGCUCAGAAAGCUCUUGAGAGAGGGCGCCUCGUCGGUGGCAGCGCAGGAGUCUUGGCCCAUUGUGGGGCAGUUCUCAAGCAUCGGCUCCAUGGGAGCAGACGAGUCCAAGUGGUUGUGCUCGGAGUUCCAGGACAGCCUGGUGGCCACAGGUGCCAGUGGGACAGCUCUCCCCAAAUGUGCUGUUCCCAUUCACUUGGUUUAUCCUACUGUGGACAAUGUGCGGCAAAGCCUGGAGGGCUAUCCUGCUGGUGGCUCGCUUCCAUACAGUCUACAAACAGCACAGAAACAACUAUGGUUGCAUUCCUAUUUUCAUAAAUGGUCAGCAGAAGUCUCUGGUCGAAGUCAUGCCAUGCCUCACAUCAAGACGUACAUGAGACCAUCUCCUGACUUCCAGAAGAUUGCAUGGUUUUUAGUUACAAGUGCCAAUCUAUCUAAAGCAGCUUGGGGAGCUCUGGAGAAAAAUGGCACCCAGCUGAUGAUCCGCUCUUAUGAACUUGGGGUCCUUUUCUUGCCUUCAGCCUUUGGUUUGGACAAAGGUUACUUCCAUGUAAAAGGCAAGCUGCAUUCGGAGCGUAGAGAUCCGGUGACAUCUUUUCCUGUACCUUAUGACCUGCCCCCAGAACAGUACGGCAGCAAAGAUCACCCAUGGAUUUGGAAUAUUCCUUACACCAACGCCCCUGAUACCCAUGGAAAUAUGUGGGUUCCAUCGUGAGAGCUUCCAGUCUGCUGUGAUAUUUCACCUACUGAUACUGAGCCUUCCACACUAGAUGUGAGACUGUUUAUUUCCAUUUUUAAGCUAUAAUGGCUAACUGUUCUUUGAAAGAAUUACUUAAAUAUUGAUAAUUUGGGAUUUUUUGAAGAAUCUGACCAUUAUAUAAUAACUUGUAACACUGCAUUUUUAAAUCUUUUGUAUGUUUUUUUCUUACUGUGGAUGCCAAUACACUUUGCAAGGUUAAAAUGAGUAUAGACUGUUUUCAGAGGUUUCUUCUGUAUUUUUAGCUAUGAUUUAAAAUUUUGCAGU